AAACCCUUUAAAAUUGAAACUAAUGCAUUAGAAUAUACACUCAGAGAACAACUUAGCCAGCAAAACAAUCAAGAGCAUCUAAGAAUUAUAAGCAACUUCUCAAGAAAGUUAAACAGCCUGGAAAUCAACUACAGAAUCCCUAAUCAGAAACUUAUAGCAAUAGUAAAAGCUUUCGAGGAGUAG